GUAUGAAGUUUAGUAUCGUGAAAGCGUACCUACAGAAUAAGGUGGAUGUGGAUAAUGAAGAAGGGGAGAUGAAGGUUCUUGGUCUUAAGGGAGGUGUUAAAAGCAAGAAUCAUACUAGAAGGUGUUUUAGCCCAACACCUGGAGUAAAAGUAAACUCUCUGCCAUUCAUGGAGCAAUGAGACUAUUGACAAACUUCGAUUCAGUGAGAUUGCAAGAAGGCGACUCUAAUGCAGUAUAAUAUCUUUAAGAAAUGCAAUAAAACAAUUUUAAGCUUAAACAAGUCCAAACUAAAUGCAAGACAGAGGCUUUUUUCAAAGAUCAAAAGGUUGAACAUUAGAGAAAAUCUGGAAUUUACCUCACACAAAUCACCGCAGCCAAAACCAAUUACAUUCUUUGGGAAGGAUACAAUGCUUAAGAUCCCAAGUCCAGUAAGAUCUCCACGAAACACAGGAGCCUCUAAAUUGAGCUAUUCCAAAUAUUUGAGUCCAAGAACUGGCCUUGUAAUGCGCCCUAGGGUUGCUAAAAUAUCAUCAAAUGAGAGUCAGAAGAAUAAAAGACUGCAGAUACUUGAUCUACUGUCAAUAGCAAGUAAAUCUGGCUGCUUUCGUCAGAAAUUCAUUUAAAUAAAGAGAGGUUCAAAUUGAUAUAAGUUUACUAAGAAGAGCCAUGUUCCACAUCAUAUGGUGUUAUUAGUACUGAAUAUUUUAGAUACUUCUAUAUCGUAAAUAUG